CAUUCUUAAACCUUUCAUGUUCGUUUUCUUGGAUCAGAAGAGAAAAACAUAGUAGAAGCGAUGAAAAGAAAAACAUUGGCUGAGCAAGUUGAAGGAGGAGAAGAGAGCUUGUAUAAUCAUGGAGUGUCCUGGUGGAGAGGGCGUUUGAUUGGAAAAGGAGGAUUUGGCUCCGUUUAUUUGGCGAAUGUGAAGAAACCCAAAUCAAGAAACAGAAUAUAUCCCCCAGUUAUGGCGGUGAAAUCAGCGGAGGUCUCCGUUUCAAGUUCGCUUCAGAAGGAGAAAGAGGUCUUCAACCAUCUUUAUGGUUGUCCAUAUAUUCUCGAGUGUUAUGGCGAAGAAAUUACAACCAACAAGGAUGGCGAAAUGGUUUACAAUCUCUUGCUGGAAUAUGCUUCCGGAGGAACCCUGGCUGAUCUUAUAAAGAAAUCCGGUGGUCAUGGGUUGCCUGAGUCGGAUGUGAAGAAAUACACAAGGUCUGUUCUUCAAGGCAUUGCUUAUAUUCAUAGCCUUGGUUAUGUGCAUUGCGAUUUGAAGCCUGCAAACGUGCUGCUUGUGUCCACCAAGAGUGAUGAAUUUGUGCCAAAGAUAGGGGAUUUUGGGUUGGCCAAGAAAAUUGAAAAGAGCAAGAAGAGGAAGUUGUUCUCUUAUUUGGGAGGGACUACUUCGUAUAUGGCACCAGAGACUGUGGUUGAUCAUAUUCAGGAGCCUCCCUCUGAUAUUUGGGCUCUUGGGUGCAUAGUUUAUGAGAUGUUCACUGGGAAGUCAGUUUGGGAUGUGAAGCCUAAUAUGUCCACCGAACAACUUCUAAAAAAGAUUGGCAAUAGGUAUGAAUUGCCUAAAAUUCCUUCUGAGAUUUCGAAGGAUGGGAAGGAUUUCUUGAAAGGGUGUCUGGCGAAGAAACCUACAUUUAGAUUCACUGCUGAGAUGCUAUUAAAUCAUCCUUUUGUGUCAGGAUUAGAUAACACAAAAGGCAGCGAAUUUGGGGAGAUCUUGGAAGAAGGGUGGAUGGACCCUAUUGUCACAUUGCCUGAUGUUGAAAAUGAAUUUUGUGCUUCGAGCUAUUCUGAAGACUGGAGCUUUAUAUCUGAAGAGGGUCCUUCCUCUUCUUCGGUAGAUGAGAAGUCUGGUGUUUCGCAAUUUCAGUGUCCUUGAAUUCACAGAAUCAGCUCCAGUCUCUACCAUGAUUGAAAAUGACGGUUUUGCUUCACCAACGCAGGAUUCUUCAAAUAUGGUGGAACACUGUCAAGUGUUCUUCAUCAUUCCUACUGGUGCACAUUGAUAUGCUUUUGUAGUUCAAGCCUGUAGUAACUCCCUCAAAAUUUGAGCAAUGGGUUGAUCUCUUCUGAAACCAUUCCGUUUAGUGAGUGGGACAUCAAGCACAAUUCCACAAAAUGGAAAGAUUUAAUGGAUAUUGUUUGCAGGAAUUUAUCAAAAUCUGGUUUCAGCAGCAAAGAAAUUGAUCUGGAGUUCGCUGGCAGAAGUGGGUUCCUCUUUGUUCUUGAAAUUUUGGUAGUCCAGUAAUGGUUCGAAGUGAUUCUCAACAAGGCUGAGGACUCAACAUGUUAUAGAGCAAGCUUUUUAACUGGUGAUGAUGCUAAUUCAGUUGGCUUGAUUAAGCUGCUAGGCUGUGGAAGUCUGCUCAAGUUGUUUGAAGAAAUAUGCUCAAAUGCCUUUUGGUUGUGGAGGCUGCUUAGUUAGGGACUUGCUGCUUAUAUUUUACUUUUUCGAAUCUGUGUAAUUGAUUCUUUACUAAAGAUUUGUAAGUUGAUUUUUCUGAUCCGAUGUACAUAAAACUCAUUUUACUUAAUCAAUAAUGAUAAUAAGAAGU